UGAUGUGAGCUUUUAAGCGGGAAUUUUAAGAAGUAUUAAGUGCCGAUCCGUUUUUCCAUACGUAUGUUGUACAUAAUAUCCAUUGCACGUUGUUGGGUUUCUUGACUUUGACUGACAGCAAGUGGAUCAAGAUCACAACAUUUCACUAAAAAUGAAUUCUAGACGUUCCACUUAUGAGCAUUAUAAGAUCAAUGACAAACAUCACUUCAAAAUACAUCUAGACCCUGACGACGUUCUACAGAAGCUCAAAAAUAGAGGUUACAACAACGUUUCACCAGAUCAAUUGAAAGAGUUUAUGAAAGAUUUGAAGAAAUUGAUUAAGCAUGAUUUGAGAAAGAAACAUUCAACUUCUGAUUCUACCCACCAAUCAAGGAGCAUAGAGUCGUCAUCUGUUUCAAAAGAUUCAACUGACACUACUCCUUCGAAACGUUCGAGGGGCCCAUUAUGCCAGCUUGACACAGGAAACAGCAUGAUUGAUUAUUGUGGUGGAAGUAGCUCAGGAUCCUCCAGAAGUGAACUCAAGGAAGAAAGUACACACAAGAAGACAAGAGUUCCCAAAAAGACAUUGCCAGAACCACCCAGACACGACCCAGUGGCGCUCUAUCAUUACUACAACAAAUUUUGGAAGCAGUUUAAUAUUCCUAAUGAAAAUAAACCACUCAAUUGGGACGUCCGUGAGCAAACAAAGAGGUCUGCAGGUGACAGGCUGUGUUUUUAAAUGUAUUCAGUACGAAAACUUAAGACGUGGCAUUUAUGUGCUGUGAAAAUUCAAGAAUCCAAACAGUAGUAGAUCUCAUAGAAAUUAUUGGAUGCAAAAUGACCAAGCGAUUGAUGACUUAAGAAAAUGAAUUAUAUAGUUUAUCAAUAAAUGAAUUUACUAAUUUGUAUGACAAAA